AUAUAGUACAUUAGCAAGAUGGCGCUCUCGUUGUCAGCACUAGAACAGCUCCUUCUCUCAUAUCUAAACCGCUCUGUGCUGCGAGAUUAAUCUCAUUCCUGAGCAACACAUAACAGAUCUAAAUAUGCACAAUAUCAAGUAGCAGGUAGUCGAUUUCUGUGCUUUGUUGCAUUUUUAAACACAACAAUACUGCUGAGGCGGACAUCCUUACUAUCGCGGUGUGUGAAGAGUGGGAAGCGGAUAACGGGCUGAGAUUUGGUGCAGAGACGAGGAGAAACGGGGAUUUAAAUUUAACAGCAUCAGAUUGGUAUCGUAUAGAACAAGCAGGCACCGCUGCUUGAUUUAGUCAUGUAACCAGUUUUAUUUUUUCUGGCAACAGCACGUUAAAAACUGGAGGUGUUUUCUUUGCACCCUGAUGCAAAACGAAAAGGAACAGAAUUAUCUGAAACAUCUGCAUCUUAAUCCAUUACAUGCAUUUAGUUAUGAAAUGGUGGAGUAUGGCUUGUGACGCUUAGAGCGUCUUUGGAUAGGGGAAAUGCAACACUCGAGAGGGCAGUUCGUCAUUUCUUUCCUUUUAAAAUAGCCUUUUCUCAUACUGCAUUGCAACAACACGAGAUUCCUGAAGUGGAGGAUGUGUGCGAGGCUCUUUGUACUGGUCAUGUCUUCAUCGUUUUUCAACCCCAGCUUUGCCUUCAGUUCUCAUUUCGACCCAGAUGGUGCCCCCUUGAGUGAGCUCUCUUGGUCCUCCUCCCUGGCAGUGGUUGCGGUUUCUUUCUCUGGACUCUUCACUUUCAUCUUCCUCAUGCUGGCCUGCCUGUGCUGCAAGAAGGGGGACAUCGGCUUCAAGGAGUUUGAGAACACAGAGGGAGAGGAGUACCAGGCUGACUUCUCCACCCUCGCCUCUCCAGCCUCACAGAACGGGCCUGAAGUCUACAUCCUGCCCCUCACUGAGGUUUCACUUCCUGUGUCAAAGCAGCCUGGAAGAUCAGUCCAGCUCCUCAAGUCCACAGAUCUGGGCCGACAUAGUCUGCUCUACCUGAAGGAGAUCGGACAUGGCUGGUUUGGAAAGGUGUUACUGGGGGAGGUGAAUUCAGGGCUCAGCACCACACAGGUGGUGGUGAAGGAACUGAAGGCCAGUGCAAGUGUGCAGGACCAGAUGCAGUUUCUGGAAGAGGCUCAGCCUUAUCGGGCUCUCCAGCAUCCUGCCCUCCUGCAGUGCCUUGCACAGUGCACUGAAGUCACACCAUAUUUGCUGGUGAUGGAGUUCUGCCCCCUGGGAGAUCUGAAAGGCUACCUGCGGAGCUGUCGGGCUGCAGACUCCAUGACCCCUGACCCUCUGACCCUACAGCGAAUGGCAUGUGAGAUUGCCUCUGGCCUUCUGCACCUGCACAAACACAACUAUGUCCACAGUGACCUGGCAUUGAGAAACUGUUUGCUCACUGCAGAGGUGACGGUGAAGAUAGGAGACUACGGUCUUUCGCACAACAAGUACAAAGAUGAUUACUUUGUGACAUCAGAUCAGAUAUGGGUGCCUCUGCGCUGGAUCGCUCCAGAGCUUAUUGAUGAGGUUCAUGGCAACCUGCUGGUGGUUGACCAGACAAAGCCCAGCAACAUAUGGUCCCUGGGAGUAACAAUUUGGGAACUCUUUGAAUUAGGGAAUCAGCCCUAUCACCACUACUCUGACAGACAGGUGCUUACCUACGCCAUCAAAGAACAACAGCUGAAGUUGCCUAAGCCUCUGCUUAAAGUGCCCCUCUCAGAUCGCUGGUAUGAAGUGAUGCAGUUUUGUUGGCUGCAGCCUGACCAAAGGCCCACUGCAGAAGAAGUCCACCUGCUCUUGAGCUAUCUGUGUGCCAAGGGUGCCAGUGAGGCAGAAGAGGACUUUGAGAAGCGCUGGAACUCCUUGCGGCCUAAUGGAGGCAACAGUGGCUCACACAGUGCCAGUGCCUCGGUGGCAGAGAUGCCAUCUUCGUCCUCCUCCUCAUUCCCCCUGCUGGAGCACUUCUCGGCAGGAGACGGCUUUCACUCUGAACCCGGGGAUGACAUUCUUACUGUCACCGAGACGAGCCGGGGCCUCAAUUUUGAGUACAAGUGGGAACAGGCUCUACCAGAGCAACACUUUCUUUCAUCGUCCACCAGCGGUCCCCUAGGUCAUGGCAACCCCCAAUACCAAGACAUCUACUACCCUCCUGGCAGUGGGAUGAACAGCUGUGGUGGUGGCGGGCUUACUCUGGGUGUUUCUCCUUCUUACUAUGAUUCCAAACAGCUCCACACCCCUGGCGUAGUGCCGGUGCUGAGUGCUCACAGUCCAUCCCUGAACAGUGAAUAUUACAUCCGUAUCGAAGAGCCUUCUGAGUGCAAUAUUGACCUGGAGUAUACCAUGUGUUCCUACAGCCCAGAGUUUGAUGGCAACUUUGUGGAAGGCAGCAGUAACUCAAGAAACUGUCUUAACUGCUCUUCUGAAGCUGAGACCAAUUCCUAUUGGGCAGGAGAUGCUCAUAAAGCCAGUGCCUACGAUUCAGAUACCAGUCCGGUCAUAUCUCUCACUAUGGAGCCUCUACUAGGACAGGUGACCAGUGCCAAUGCUGUGGAACCCUGGGUGACUGGCCAUGGACAGUACUUCUCCUACAAAGUCAGAGAUCGAGAGCAGAGCUAUUACUAUGAGAAUUCGCCUUCUGACGGGGCAGACCAGUACCUUGCAGAAGACCCCUCUGAAAUGCAUCAAGAGAGCUGGGGGUCCCGGAGUCUGCGUCAGGCACUGGGUGAGCUGGAGAACCCCCUGGGCAUCUCUCCAUCUCUGAGCAGUCCCCAGCCGGUCUACUGUGACCCCUAUCUGGAGGGAAGCCAUGAGACUAUCCAUAGCAAAUCUGCAGCUGGCGAGUGCUACUAUGAUAUGAUGGGUUCACUCCGGAAGACCAUGCCUGGGUCCAACACUGGGUUCAGCAUUGAUAUGGAGAGGGAAGAUUCCCAGCUUUUUGUGCAGCACCAGGACAGUGAUUUGGAUGAAGAGGAUUUGUUUAUAGAGAGACAGUCUAAUAACUGGACAUCCAACAUCUCUGCCAACAACAACAGCCUGAACUUUGUCAGAAGACCAGGGGUAAAUACCCAUGAUGCCUAUGUAGAUUUCCAUUUCACAGUGCCAUCUGAGGAUUUGGAAGACUCAUGGAGAGAAAUUGAAUCUAAAGAAAAUCUGGCAUUCUCUGGACCCAAACCUUUUACCUACUUAGAGACCAUGGAUAAAGAAAGUGACUGCAUUUCUCUAAAUAACCAACACAAACUUUACCCCUCAAAUGAGUGCAAUACAUAUGUUUAUCUGUGUCAUGAGAGUGGGAAUAGGAUAUCACCCCAUAGAAGACACAAUUCUAUAGAAAAAGAUGAGUUUGUAGAUCCACUAUCAGGUUCAGUUAUCAGGAGGAGUUAUGCCCUAAAUAAUAUUAAAGAAAAAAAAAAUGAGUUAAAUGGAAAGGAAAAGACUGAAACUACACACUCCUUGCCUGAAGGAGGUGCUGUUACAAAAACAGAAUUGUCAGAAACACAGCUGAACCAAGACCUGGGGAAAAAGAAUUCCCUGUCAGACCAAACUGAGCACUCUAUUGACCUUGCCCUCAAAAAUGGUAGAAAGCUCUCUGAAAAGGAGAGCCAGAAAGAGGGAGGAAAUACAGACAUUAAAAACACUUCAGCCGCCUGCAAUACCCCUUUCCAAUAUGAAAAUCCAGCACUUCCUGGGGAUACUGCCAAUGCCCAGUCAGAAUCAGUGUCCGAGAACAGUCACACAGUGGACAGUGGAGUUGAGAAAGGAUACUCCAGCAUCAGCUUAGUAGAGAUUGAUGACUGUAGUGAUGAUGAUAUCACAGAUGUCACUUCAGGUAUUUUCUCAGAUUUUCCCAUGGAUUAUGCAAAUAUAGAAGACAGUGCCCCUACUUUCAAGUCCCUCCAAAAGCAAGUAGGGACCCCAGACUCUAUAGACUCCCUAGACCUUCCCUCAACCACCAGCUCCUGCGAUGCCUUCAGCCCUGCUACCUUCCGUCCCUCCAGCCAGCCUAAAGCUGUUGACAGUGGCUAUGACACCGAAAACAAUGAGUCUCCUGAAUUUGUCUUGAAGGAACCCCAUGAACCACGAGACCCUGAUGGUUUUGGACAGCCCCUGGCAAAGCCAACUUUAACAGGGAGCCCAGGACCAAGGGAGGUGGAGGCAGUGAUAGAGAUUGUAACUCAGACAGGAGUUGAUGAGGAAGCAAAUACCCUGUCCACUUCUCAUGGCACAGAACUGGAACUGACUGGGCUGAAUAAGAAAAACCCAUACAGGGACUCGGCUUAUUUCUCAGACUACGAUGCAGAGAUCGAAAAGUUUCCCCGGGAUGAGGGGGAUGACUUUACUGGCCAGGGGGCCAAAAAGGAGGAUCUUGCAAGUUCCACAGAAAGAGAAGAGCUUAGCCCUCUGGUUAAUGAUGAAGAGCAACAGCAAGAUUUAGAUAAGCAUCCUGUAGGGAAAGAGCUCCUCCCAGAAAACCAUAUAGGUUGUGAGGUAGGUGAGCAGAAGAUAGACAGACCUGUUGAGAUCAACAAGGCUGAAAUUUCACCAAGAGGUGAGGUCUCAGACCAAGAAGAAUCAGGUCCUGUUCUUUCUUCACUUGCUCCCUCACCUCCUGAGUUGGGGGCCUGUUUAACAAAAGAGGGCUCUCAGGAUGAAGGGCUGGGAUUGGAAUCGGAUCACUCUGGAGAGGACCAAUCAUCUGAGUGCUCUUCCUCUUCGGUUUCGGAAGGACCAACCCAGCAGGAGCCUCCUGCUUCAUCUGACCCAGGAAAAGGGAUUGCCAGUAUAGAAGAUUCCCCGGCAGAAUCUCUAUCCCAUGAAACAUCGAGGGUAGAGGGAGAUGGGAAUGAGAUGAAGGAAGAAGAGGAGACCAUUCCUGUGGUAGAGUCUUCUCCAUCAUGUCCCCCAGAAAAGGAAAAAACGCCAGAGGAACUCCUCCAUGAUGAUCAUGAAACCCAAGAAAAUGAGGUUCAGGAGAUGCCUGAAGCUUCCAAGGCUUUGGAAAACCCUGCCCUUUCCUCUCCUCCUCAAGAUCUCCAGGCAAUUGAAGGCAGAGUGUCCCCAGUGGAUGGAGAGGAGGCGGAUGAGGAAGAUGGGGAUUCAGAAGACAGCGAGGAGUCAGAUGAGGAGCUGCGCUGCUACAACAUCCAGGAGCAGAGUGAGGAAAGUGAGGAGGAGUUCCCUUCUGUACCCAUUGUAGUCAGCAACAGCAGUGAGGCACGAAACCUGCGUAGCCUCUUGAAGAUGCCCAGCCUGCUCUCCCAGUCCUUUUGUGAGGAGAUGGACCGCAAAAAGAAGGCUGUGUCUUUCUUUGAUGAUGUCACUGUCUACCUUUUUGACCAGGAGAGCCCCACGCGGGAGCUGGGAGAACACAGCUUCCCACCGGGAGAAGAGUCCCGGGGGCGAAACUCGGACACUGGAGAGACGCACUCCCAAGAAAGGGUCUCGGAUGACUCUUCUGAUGGGAAUGUCUCGGAAGAAAGUGGGGGGUUUGAGUGGGAUGAUGAUUUCCCAUUGAUGCCCGUGAGCACAUCUUUAGCGCCCUCCAAGGAGCCCCCCGUGACCUCCAGCUUGCCCACACGGGUUCCGGAGCCGAAGCUGACCGGAUCUGCUGUGCAGUAUUCCCGAUUCACUGUCUCCCCCUCCAGCGUGUCCCGUUUCUCCAUCACACACGUGUCCGACUCCGACAUAGACUCUGCAGGAGGAAGCAGCGAAGAUGGGGAGAGAGACUAAGUCAUCAAUCCAGGGAGUGAGCUAGCUUCCCAGUCCCUUCCUGAACAGACUGGCCUCACCCCUGCAGGGGAAAGGGAGGGUUUGACCUAGGUACCAAGCCUGGACAGUGCCUCUUAAUGUUAUUGUCCCCCCUCCCCCUCCCCACUGUGCUGUCAAAGAAGGGGUGUACAGGCAACUUUCGUGCAAUGAAGACUGAUCUGAAAGCAAAAAAGAGAAGUCUAUAUAUAAUUAGAUAAUAUAUAUUAUGAUUAUAUAUAUAUUUAACAUAUGCAGAUUAUAACUUACAUUUCACAGAACAUUACAGCUCAUUUUUAAUGGAACUGCCAUUUUUUCAAAGUGCAGACAAACGGAACAAGAUUAGUUUCACUGCGUUUACCUUUCAUCUCUGUUCCCAAUCACCUCAUCAGCUGCUGGGAGCAGCACUGCAGCCCUGCACAAGACUGUUAAAGCCAGUGUUUACGCCUGGCACUUCUGGAGUUAAACACCACAGACCCCUUCACUCGAACUCCGGGACUUCGUAGAAGACGUAAUCUUGUCUCAAAGAUAGCAAAAGGAAAAGGAGCUGAGAAAAGGGAGUGGGAUAAUAAGACACAGGACAUAUACGCCCUGAAGACUGGGAAGAUGCUCAUGUUGUAGAAGCAUCUUCGUAAUUAAUAAUCUGCCUCCAGGAUGCCCAGGGACCCAAAGCAGAGAGGCCUUGUUGGAAGGAAACCAGAUGUAGUUUUUGUUUUCUGUUGUUUGUUGCAUAUAGACUUGGAGAUCUUUAGUACAAAAAAAGGGAAUUCUUUCUAUGCCGACAGCUAGAUCCAAGUGGGAAAAAAACUGUGCUACUGGAAGUAAUAAUAUUUUGCCAAAUGUUUUUAUUACUUUGCACACUUUUGAGGGGAAAGUCAAGAUGAAAACGCAUUUGGUACAGAAGCCUUUUCAAAUUGCCUUUCUCUGUCUGAAAGAGACACCCAGAAGAAUCUUUUUGUUUGCAGCAUUGUUAUUUCUUGUGACUCCUGUGUUCAAAUUUAGGAUUCCUUUUUGUAAAAGCAUAUUCAGUGUUUUGUAAUCCUGCAGCAUUCCUUCACAGGGUAAGGACAGUGUGGGAUUCAGUUGUUUACAUCUCUUUUUUGUCUUUUCCCGUUACGUCCAUUCCCAGAUAUUGGGUGUAUUGCUUGUUCUUUAUAAUCAUUCUGGGAAUUGCAUCACCGUUUGGCUGAUGAAAAAUUGGCUGAUGAAAAAUAAUUCAGCUUUCCAAAACAGCCCACCAUUAGGGUAGGUAGGAUGAAAAUUCCUCAUCAUCACAGAGUGCGGUCUUAAGGGCCUCUCAAAUCCACUGAGUUGCAAAAUGGAAACCAUAUGAGGAAAAUGGUGAACCCUUCCCAGGUUCCUGAAUAGCAAUUUGUCAUAUUGUAGCUGUAUGGCAAAUGAGUAAUAAAAAAAAGUUUCCUCAAGCCUCAAAUGUCAAAUUCAUGGGGGAAAACAAACGAGAAUGAUUUUUUUAGACAUGGACUAUCCAAACAUAUCCUUUAAUACCUACUGUAUAUGCACAUAUAUACAUGUUUUAGAGUAUGUGUUAUGAAUGAUUCAGUAUUUCAAGACCUCGGUUUUAAUAUUUAGUUAGUAUAAUGUUGUUUAUUUUUUGACUGCAUAACAGUACAACUGUUUUUGUUCAAGGCCCAAGAUGAUGCAAAAGUUUCUCCAAGCUAAUAUCAAAACCUUCCUCUCGAACCCCUGACAAAGGUAACUUCGACGCCUUUGAUUGCUGUAGAUUGAUGCUAUCGAUCUCCAUACAGAAGGUUCAAGUUUGCUUUUAUUUCCUUGUCUGAAGGGUUACAGUCUGCGAAUCCCACAUGGUUGCCACUGCUCUCCUUAGGCCUUCAUGUGGUAAGAAUGCAGUUUGCAGAUAUAGUAUUUAUUCCAAAAAAACGGCAUAAUGUGUGUUUCUGUUUGCCUUUUAUGGAUUUAAUAUUCUGUAAUAGUUUAGGAUAGAAAAAGUUCAAUUGCAGUCCGUACUAUUUUUGUAUUAAGAAAAGGAAUUGAAAAAUCUAAAAACUAUGAAGUUUAAUGAAGAUAUAAUAUCAAAUUAUUAUAAGUUAUUUGUUGCCAAAGAGAUGUAAGAAUUUUAAAUGGCACUCUGGUUUUACUUUACUUUGUAGCUUAUGAGAUUUUUAUUGUAUAACAGUGUUAAAUGAGAAGUCAGACAACCUUGGUUUCAAUGUUAAGCCCCCUGUUUGUAAUGAUAACAUGCUGGUUUAAUGUCAGUAUUGUAUGUAGAACAGAGAUGUCAUAAUAAUACAUAGGAAAUAAGUGAAACAGCUUAUGAGAUAUCAACAUAGGUUUUAGUGAACAACGGCUUCACGUUUCAUCGUUACAAGUGGAAAUAUGGUUAAAAUACAAGUGGAUUUCCUACCCCCUUAAAAGUCCUUUUUUAAAUGCCGAAUUUAUUCAAUUGCUCUUUACUGCAAAAUCUGCCGUAUGUAUGUAUGACUUUAUCAACUUGAUGAAUAUGCGGUUUGGGCACUGAUUAAAAGAAAAAGACUUCUUCAUUGUGGAAUGUGCUCUGCUAUUGGAAUGGAAUUUGUUUUGCAUCUUGUCUGUCUGAGAAUGGUCCCCUGCUCAAACCCAGAAAAGGCUCUCUUCCAAUUCAGCAAUACAGAAGCUGAGUAGUAGGUUUGCAAAAUAGGUCAUGAUGCCCAUUGGACAUGACCAUCAGUCUCAAUUCACCUUCCAACAUAUCGGAUGUCUGUUCUUACCAAAAUUUGGAAUUUUACGGCCUUAGUUUUGACCCUCACUCCCACAUGCCUCUCUCAGACGCCAAGCUGAUAGUUAAGGGAUUCAUCAGUGAUGGGCAAUUUAAGCUCUUGACAGUGUGAAGCUGCUAUGUCUUUGAGUUCUUUGUUCUAUAAAGCCAUGCUGAACACAUUAAAUCACUUAAUUCCCUGAGCUCAGUUGUGUAGCAGAGCCACAGGCCUCUGAACUGGUCAUGAAAUAAGUAAACUCAAACUGAAAGCCUGUUUAUUUUAUUAUUUAGUUCAGCACAGAGAGGUUUAACCUCUCAGAGGUUAAACUGGUUCACACACCAAAGGAAACUAAUGGAAGAUGUAGCAGUGCAUGAAACUUCAUUUUGUUUUAAUGGUACUUUAAUCUGUAUCUGUCAGAUGAUAUUUCUGGAGUGUUUGUGUCCUCUUGCACAUAAACCAUUGCCUAUCAAUAUGUGUUUACUGUGAACACCAAGUGAAUGUUUAGGAAUCUGAGCUAAUACAGUGUGAACAAGAGAUGGGUUUGAAAUAUGGACACUCUGAGAGACCACCACAGGACUUGAGCACACAAAUUCAAAACACGACAAUGUACAGUACAAGCCACGAUGCAGAGCCAUGAUGCAAGGAAACUACAUUCAAAUUUUAACAAUGUUCAGCACCAGCUGUUACAGGUAGCUUGCAGAACCGUAAUAUCAUAAACAGGCUGCUUUAGCCUUUUCAUUUUUAAAUGAAAAUUAAUAUAUUACAUAUACUUCAUUAGGGCGUCAGGUCAAAGAAAAAAUAUUUAAAUAUAAGGCCCAUAUCCUGUAGUCUAGGUGUAGACAUAUCCAGUCUUCUAGGUUUGGAGUCUUGCUUGUUUUCAUUUCCCCUUUGCACAAAUAUUUGGAAAAGCUGUCAAAUCACCUGGUUAAGUGUUAAUCGCUUGCUAAUUCUGGGGUACCUCUAAAAACUACAGAAUGUUGGCCUUUGUGGAGUGGAAUUGUCUGCCCCCUGCCUGUAGUACAGGACACUGCUCUUCUGCUUGUGCCAAAAUUCAAACUGUGCUCUCAGGGGGAAGUGGGCCUUCUCUUCUUACAGGUCCAGGUUUCAGUCUGGCUAAAUCUGGGAUCCUGAGUCUGCUAAAACUUUUAAAUCAAAUACAACCUUUUACUUUUGUAUUCUCACAUUGUUAAUUUUUAUUGUUAUUUUUUAACGUAUUUAAAGGCUGUUGCUAAAAAUAAAAAAAUCUGUUUUCCUUGCAACACCAAUGCAUAGUAAUCCACUCAUAUCCACAGAAUACAAUAGGAAAAAGGUGGCUUUAUCUAUUUCAAUGGUAUUGGCUACAACAGCUACAGCAGCAUGUCACACAAAUGCUUGAUUUCCCCGGGCCAGGUACUUAGCUGUUACCCUGGUGUUUUUAUAAAGUGUAACUUUUAGCAUGAUUCUGCUAAAUAACCAGCUAACGGAUACAGUACAUUCAUGGUGAUUUUGUUUGCUCUUAGAAAAGACCAAAACCGAAGAAGGCAUUUCUUGAAAGAUACAGUACGUAAUAACGUAAAGAAUAGAAGAAAAUGAUUUUGUUCUCCUAUAGAAGUUACUGGCUGUCUUCAGAACUGGUUAGUCCAACACCAGUUCACUGCUAUUGUUCAUACAGUUCUUACUCUCAUACAGUGCAUGUUGUCAGGUAUCAUUUGUCUAAUAAAAAAGAAAGACAUUUUUAAAGUA